UGGCUCUCACUCCAGUGGCACUCACUCCAGUGGCUCUCACUCCAGUGGCUCUCACUCCAGUGGCUCUCACUCCAGUGGCUCUCACUCCAGUGGCUCUCACUCCAGUGGCUCUCACUCCAGUGGCACUCACUCCAGUAGCUCUCACUCCAGUGGCUCUCACUCCAGUGGCUCUCACUCCAGUAGCACUCACUCCAGUGGCUCUCACUCCAGUGGCUCUCACUCCAGUGGCUCUCAUUCCAGUGGCUCUCACUCCAGUGGCUCUCACUCCAGUAGCUCUCACUCCAGUAGCUCUCACUCCAGUAGCUCUCAGUCCAGUGGCUCUCACUCCAGUGGCUCUCACUCCAGUAGCUCUCACUCCAGUGGCUCUCACUCCAGUGGCUCUCACUCCAGUAGCACUCACUCCAGUAGCACUCACUCCAGUGGCUCUCCAUCCAGUGGCUCUCACUCCAGUGGCUCGCUCUCACUCCAGUGGCUCGCUCUCACUCCAGUGGCUCGCUCUCACUCCAGUGGCUCGCUCUCACUCCAGUGGCUCGCUCUCACUCCAGUGGCUCGCUCUCACUCCAGUGGCACUCCAGUAGCUCUCACUCCAGUGGCUCUCACUCCAGUAGCUCUCACUCCAGUGGCUCUCACUCCAGUGGCACUCACUCCAGUGGCUCUCACUCCAGUGGCUCGCUCUCACUCCAGUGGCUCUCACUCCAGUGGCUCGCUCUCACUCCAGUGGCACUCCAGUAGCUCUCACUCCAGUGGCUCUCACUCCAGUGGCUCUCACUCCAGUGGCUCUCACUCCAGUGGCUCUCACUCCAGUGGCUCUCACUCCAGUGGCUCUCACUCCAGUGGCUCUCACUCCAGUGGCUCUCACUCCAGUAGCUCUCACUCCAGUGGCACUCACUCCAGUAGCUCUCACUCCAGUGGCUCUCACUCCAGUAGCUCUCACUCCAGUGGCACUCACUCCAGUAGCUCUCACUCCAGUGGCUCUCACUCCAGUAGCUCUCACUCCAGUGGCACUCACUCCAGUAGCUCUCACUCCAGUGGCUCUCACUCCAGUAGCUCUUACUCCAGUGGCACUCACUCCAGUAGCUCUCACUCCAGUGGCUCUCAGUCCAGUGGCUCUCACUCCAGUAGCUCUCACUCCAGUGGCUCUCACUCCAGUGGCUCUCACUCCAGUGGCUCUCACUCCAGUAGCUCUCACUCCAGUGGCUCUCACUCCAGUAGCUCUCACUCCAGUGGCACUCACUCCAGUAGCUCUCACUCCAGUGGCACUCACUCCAGUAGCUCUCACUCCAGUGGCUCUCACUCCAGUGGCUCUCACUCCAGUGGCUCUCACUCCAGUGGCUCUCACUCCAGUGGCUCUCACUCCAGUAGCACUCACUCCAGUGGCUCUCACUCCAGUAGCUCUCACUCUCUCACUCCAGUGGCUCUCACUCCAGUAGCUCUCACUCCAGUGGCACUCACUCCAGUAGCUCUCACUCCAGUGGCUCUCAGUCCAGUGGCUCUCACUCCAGUAGCUCUCACUCCAGUGGCUCUCACUCCAGUGGCUCUCACUCCAGUAGCUCUCACUCCAGUGGCUCUCACUCCAGUAGCUCUCACUCCAGUGGCUCUCACUCCAGUAGCACUCACUCCAGUGGCUCUCACUCCAGUGGCUCUCACUCCAGUGGCUCUCACUCCAGUGGCUCUCACUCGAGUAGCACUCACUCCAGUGGCUCUCACUCCAGUAGCUCUCACUCCAGUGGCUCUCACUCCAGUGGCUCUCACUCCAGUGGCUCUCACUCCAGUGGCUCUCACUCCAGUGGCUCUCACUCCAGUGGCACUCACUCCAGUGGCACUCACUCCAGUGGCUCUCACUCCAGUGGCUCUCACUCCAGUGGCUCUCACUCCAGUAGCUCUCACUCCAGUGGCUCUCACUCCAGUGGCUCUCACUCCAGUGGCACUCACUCCAGUAGCUCUCACUCCAGUGGCACUCACUCCAGUGGCACUCACUCCAGUGGCACUCACUCCAGUGGCUCUCACUCCAGUGGCACUCACUCCAGUGGCUCGGCUCUCACUCCAGUGGCUCUCACUCCAGUGGCUCUCACUCCAGUGGCUCUCACUCCAGUGGCUCUCACUCCAGUGGCUCUCACUCCAGUGGCUCGGCUCUCACUCCAGUGGCUCUCACUCCAGUGGCUCUCACUCCAGUGGCUCUCACUCCAGUGGCUCUCACUCCAGUGGCUCUCACUCCAACUAA